GUGCAGUUUGUAUAGCGCGGCUGAUAGCGGACAUAACAGUCGGCGACGCGACGCACUUUCCAACUUUUCAACUGAGUGAAUUUCGCUUUGGUAAAACUGAACUGAAGUGCGAUAGUGAAUGAAAGCAAAUAGAAGCUGAAACGCUAAAAAGUCAGUAGCGGUAUUGUUGUUGUGGUUCAUGCAAAGGCAUUCGAGAAAUCGAUAAGGAAAACAAGUGCAGAAGUGAAAUAAACGUAAAAAGGAAACACAAAAGUAAAUAACGAUAAUAAAAAAAACAGUGUGAAGGAAGCAAAGGAAAGUGGGCUUAGUGCAAUGUGCGCAAAGUGGGCCGCCAGCUAAAUAGGGGAGGAGCGCACAGCAGAGCAGAGAAGGUAGCGGCUCGUGAAUUGUUGUUAAAAAUCAAUAUAAAUAUUAAUACCAUUCGAGGCUAUUGAAAGUUCACUUAGUUUCAAAUCCAAUACAAUUAAUUAAACACAAAUUUAAUUAAUACAAAAUAAAAUAUCCAAGAUGAAGCUACAAAAGACAGAUAAAAUGCUCAAAGUGCGCGAAUUCAAUGAAUUACUCAGCUGCCAUCUUUGCGGCGGCUACAUGAUAAAUCCAACAACAGUGGAUAAUUGCUUGCAUACAUAUUGCCGUAGCUGUAUUGUGCAACAUUUGCAGCGCGAGGCUUCUUGUCCACAAUGCAAAGAAGUCGGAGGUUUCAAACAAGUUAAUAUGGGCAAUUUGCGGUCGGAUGAAGUAAUGCGGGCGUUGAUUUUUAAAAUGGUGCCCGGUCUAUACCAAAAGGAACGGGAGCGUGCAAUACAAUUCAACGUGACACAACUCAAUAGCCAGCAGCGUGUAAAUGUUGAGGAAGCGUCCAACGUUGUCAGCAGAGAGCAGGAGGCAGUUGAAGAGAAUUUCUUUGCGCCUAACGAACCAAUUAGUUUGUCAUUGGAAUAUCAUCCGACUUUGCUGAAGGGCUGCAGCACGAGUCAAAUACCGCCUGUGCGUUAUCUGCAGUGUCCAGCUUGCUUGAAGAUACGUCACUUGAAACGCUUCCUCUGUUCCAAAUUCGACAUUGACCCCGAGAGUAAGCGUAUCGAGGUGGAAGUGAUUUAUGAGGAUGAGGUGUUGCCAAAUGAUUUUACGCUAAUGGAUGUUGGCUAUUGUUACAACUGGAAGAGGCAUGCACCUAUGCAAUUCACCUAUCGCAUACUAUUCUAUGGCAAUGAGUCUCAGCAUCCUGCAAAGCGAAUCAAUAAGUCCGACCUCGAAGUUGAGGUGAAACGAAAUUCUCGCGUUGACACAGUAAAAACCACCGAGUUAAAACAAAAUGAAGGUAUUACGCUUUCUAAUGAAGCCAGCAUUACCAACCUGACUGCUGCUUCUACCGUCAACUACAACAACCAACAGGCAUUGCAAAAAGCUCCCAAGAACAAGAGUAAAUCAUCAAAGUCUAUUAAAAUCACUUCAAAUAAAACCUACAAUCCGAGAAAUGAAGAGGUAAAUGCCCCCGUAAAAAUGAUAUUUGCGCGCAAAUCGAGCGUUGAGGGCGGUAAGAAACCGUCACCCAAGCGCAACAACCACGAAGAUGUAACGUAUACCGUGACAAAUGAUUUCAAGAGUCUACGCAGCAAUGAUAUGCGUUAUAGCGAUUACGCCGUCUCGUCCACCACGAGCAAUAGUAAUUCGCCAAAGAGUUCUCCGAAGAGUGAACACCGUUCAACUAAAUCUAUUGCGAAUGCGCACGAAUCAUCUCCACCACAAGUGAUGCAAUCCGUGGGAGCUUCAUCGGUGACGGUGCCGAAGUGUGACAUUGUCGUGAGUAUACCACAGUCGCAGAUGCCGAAGUCGCCGUACUCAAUCGAUGAUGAAUUUGAGAAUGUCUCCUUGGCGCAGUUGAAAACCGCGAGUAAGAAAUCGCCUUCAAUCACAACAACAACUAACGUAGAGUCACCAAAAGGUGGCUCGACUAGAAAUGUGCCAAAGUUAAAAAUUGAAUUGAAUAGUCUGAAGACGCGUUUAAGCAUUUCAAAGCCCAAAUCGGCUGGUGUGUUGUCAAGUGCGGAGGUCUCAGAGAAACGUGAGCGUACCAAGCAGCGCAAACACUCAUUGGAUGAAGUAGCUGCGCCAUUGAAUGAUAGACUGGAUAUAGAGACCUAUGCGAAAAAUAUCGGCUUGCAGCCCAUAGAGGUGUUGACGCCACCUGAAUCGUGCGAAAAGCUCAAAUACAGUCCAAAUGCCUCCCCGCUUUCGUCUGCAUCCUCAACAACCAGUUCGUCGAAUAAUGCUUUUCCGUUGACCACAACCACCGAGCUGACUACGAAGACUACUUUCCAUAAGAAAAGGAAAAAGAAGCACUCGAAAGAUUCGAAGGAACCGAAGGAUAGCAAGCGGCGUCGUAUGCAUGCAGAAAUCUCUAGUAAACCGGAAGAAGAAAGCCUUAAAAUGAAGGUAAAGCUAACAGCACCACACAAUCAUAAAUCCCACAAGUCUGAAAGUUCUGGUACAAAGAAAAAUAGUGAUGAAAUGCGUAAAUCACCACCGAUUGUGAGGGAUGUGAAAGUGUUGGCAACUGCCACGGUGCCAGAUGUACCAGUGACACCAGUAAAUGAUAGUAUUUUGGCAUUGAACAAAACUCUCGGUGAGGAAUCGCGUAGCAUAAAUCAUCUUAUGAUGGAAAAGGAAAGAACCAAAGAGGUUGUCAAAGUAGUAAAGGCGGAUGAAACAUUGCUAACACUCCCACAGACAAAUUUGCUUCCAAAACCCUACAACAACAUAAGAGAUUCCAAAUUACCCGCUUCACCACCACUACCGCCCAGUCUCUUCAAGACGACGCCACUUAAUUUCAAUACACUCACAGUUACCAGCACGACAGCGGGUCAAUCAAAGUCUGCAAAUAAUUCAUCCAAACAAUUGGACUUGACCAAGGGCAAACAGCAAGUGCCACUGACGACAAAACCAACCUCAGUACCGCAGUAUAACAGACAGGGUUCCCUAAGUGCUCCGAAACCACAUCCACAUUUCAUAGUUCCAAGCCUUCCACGACGCCCCUCACCUGGCACAAACAGUUCGUAUACACCUUCGUCCAUAGCCAGUGCCAGUAGCAAACACCUCGGUAUGCAAUUAAAACGCUCCGCCUCUUUGGAUGAGUCUUAUGCAAUUGGUGGACGUGCGAAGCAGGUUAAGCUCGAUGCGUCUCAGCGCAAGGCGCUGUACGGCAGUUAUGCAAAUAAGCCGCUUACACCGCCAUCCACCAGCGUAAGCAUUAGCAAACUGGCCGAUACUGCAACCAAUGUGCAAAGCUCUGGUGGCACUCAUAAUAAUGCAGUUACCAUCACGGCACGUCCGCCGGGCGGCAUGACGCAGGAACAAAUGCGCUGGCAACUACCACCAUACACUCAGCUACAUUUACCGUUUAACAAGCCCGCUGUGGAAAUCGUGCGCAUCAACUCGAAUCAAACGAGCACGGAUAUGCAUAUACCAGCGUUAAGUACACCAAAGAGCGGACGUAUGAUGGGACCACCACUAUCUAUGGUGAAGGGCAAGAAGUCCGUGGGACACCAGUUAGGCGCUAUGCCUUCCACUGGCGGGGUGAAAUCACCGCCAAUAUCCCUGAAUGCUGUAUCUUUUGGACAUGGCAGGAAUAAUCCGUAUCGGCUGUCACCACCGGCGCUGGUGAAUCUACAAGGUCCACCAUUUAACGCGUCCAAGAAGAUCGGCGCACUAGCUACAGAUAAUACCUAUAAGAAACCGGAGAACUUGAGCAAGACCAACGGCACUACCGAUAAGCAGUUACAGCAAUCACGCAUUAGUUUGAGGGACUUCAGACCGAGCUCACGUGAUCACAGCUUCGAUAUAAUUGAUGUUACGGAGGGUAGCGGAAAAGCAGAGGUCAGCCCAGCGGCUGAUACUACAGUCAGUGCCACAGCUGCUACGCCGUCAGCGCGCGAAAGCCUGGAAGCCGCUUUGAAUAAAAUUAAACAGAACAUCACUUCCACAACAACUGCGCAAGAUAGUGCCGCUGCUUCCGCUGCAAAGCAACAACAGUUGCCCUCGCCUACGCAGAUGAGCAACGAAGACCUACAGAAUCUACACUUGCUUUCCGAGUCGGCAACGACACGUGAGAAGAUCGCAAUACGCUCUUCUCAGUCCUAUGAGAAACCGAAGAUGCAACCAUCUUCUUUGGUGCGCCAACAAAACGCUUCUGUGCGCAACAUACCGAAUCCCUCAGCGUUGGCGUUUCGUAAUAUGUCGACGCUGCCUGCUGUGAGCUCCACUUUGACGCCCGCAACCACGGUUGCUGUCAGCAGCAGCGCGCCAUCUACAACCCCAUCCACACCAACAACCAGUCUCGCAUCAGCAUCCACACAAAAAACAUUACCGCUGGUGGCACUUCCCUUAACCAGCGCUGCUGCGCCACUUAGUCCCGGCAAUCCUCCGUUGUCUGCCAUAACCAGCAGCAGCGUAGUUAGCGCUACCAGCACCAGUACAACUGUCGCACGCACCGUCAAGAAGCCGACAACCAUUGAUCAAGUUGCCGCUAAUUUAAAUAUGCGCGCAUCAGCCGCCGCCGCGGAAGCACACGCAGCUAAAUUGAGCGCCGCCGAGGAAGUGACGCAAAUAACUUCGUCGAGUCAAAAUAAUGCCAGCGACCUGACAAAGGUAACGCUCACUACAACUGUGGCUUCUUCAGCCACAGCUAACGAAACGUCGUCCACAGCUGCUGUGUGUGCAAAGGCGGAUACGAACGAAACGGCAAACGGAGUGGCUGAGAUUGUGAAAACGAAAGUGUUGCCGAAAUCCGUAGCCGAUAGUGGUGUGACAACUGCGAUUGUCACUGAUGUCACUAACAUAGAGAACACUGCGAGUAACAGCAACAGCAACAGCAACAGCAAUAACAAUAAUAAUAAUAAUAAUAACAACAACAACAACAGUAAUAGCAAGAACAACAAUAAUAAUGGCAAUAGCGAUGUCAAAUAUGGCGUGACGUCAGCUAGCGUGGCGAGUGAUUAAGAUACAGUCAGUCGAUGCGAAAUUUUCUUCGAAAUAGUGGACUCCGAAGUCAAAUAUUAUUGGAGAUGGAUGGAUAGCGCUAAUGGCACUAAUGAUAUUUAAAGGGUAAAUAAUUACUAAAUAUGUAAGAUGCAAUACAUAAUAAAUUAUAUAGCAACAAAAAUCAGUUUCAGAGUAGGCACUCAAUUAUAAUUUAAUAUAAAAAUAUUAAAAAUAAAAUAUAAGGGAGUUUAAAUGUAAAUAAAAAUAAAAAAUAUAAUUUGGCAUUGCAAGCACAAUUUUCAUAAAAAUUAAUUUCAUUAAGUUUAAGUGAGUUUUAAAACUUAUUCAAACUGUAAAUCAUUUGAAAAAAAAACCAAAACAUUAUAAUAAUUGUAAAUUGUACUCUUAACAAAUAGUAUAUUUAGCAGAAAUAAGUAUAUGAAAAACUUAAAUUAUUUAAAUGUACCUAAUUAGAACUUCAUCAACAAACAAAAAAUACAUAUAUGUAUGUAUGUAUGUAAUAUAUGUAAAUAUAUAUACUCAUACAUAUAUAUGUACAUAUGUAUGUGUAAGCAGGUAUGUAUGUAUAUAUGCACAUAAAAGCUCACAUACAUACUAUAUUAUAGUUACGUUCAAAAUAAUAAUGUAUGUAGGUACAUACAUAUAUAACAAAACUAAUGUCCAUGGUAGGCUAAAAAUGUUUCAAAAAUGUGUAGUAUUAGAAAAGUGAAUUUAGAAUUUAAAUAGCGUUAAUUAACAUUAUUUAAGCAACUUUUAAAAAUAUUUAAUUUUUUGGAGUUUUUACUAAUAGUAUUGGGAGCAAAUAGAGAGUGUGAAAUAAGUCAGCUUAGAUGUUGUCUAUUUGAGUUGAGAAUUUUGCUCACACCGUUAAUUUAUUUGUAAAUAAUUUACGCCCCCUUUUUAUGUUAAAGAAAUUUAAAUUCGCACAACUAAAGCUUUAAAUGUAUUCUCCUUUCAUGCAAACUACAAAACUAUAGUUUUUAAAAGUUAGCCCUCGCAAGACCUUAAUAAAAAUUAUUAAGUACCACAUAUGUACAUAUACUUACUUACUCUAAUACAUAUGUAAAUAAUCAAAGAAGUCGUAAAAAUGCUACUAAUUAAUAUAGAAAGUGACUCAAAACGUCGCUGCUCACGAGAUCGUAAAUAAGCAAGAAACGAGCGGCGUUAAUAUAUUUUAUGUAGAUAUUAAUAUUUAGCGAAAGCAGUUUUGCACAAAAUGUAUAAACGAAAUAAAGAAAAACAUCAUUAUCGUACUUGCGCACAUUCUCACACGCAUAUGCACACAAGCGUGUACUGCAUAUAUAAUAAUAUUCAGACCCAAAUGUACAUAUGUAUAUACAUACAUAUACUAUAUAUCUGCUGCUAAAAUUUGCAAUAAAAACUUAAUAUCCUUCAUUGCAUGCAACAAACAUACAAAAUUUACUGAAACGCACACAUAUGCACGUAUGUACAUAUAUAGACAUACUAUUUAAAAUUACACACACACGUACAUACACUUACUUACAUAUGUGUGUACAUAAAUUUUAUAUUUUCACCAAUUUUCAAUUUUAAAAUAGAAAUUCAUGUAUUCAUUUUUCCAAGUGCGUUUUUUAAUUCGCCGUCAAUGCGCUGACAUUGAAGUAUUGAUUGCAUAAUUAAAUUCCGAACAACCUGCCUCUUUAUUUUAUUUGAUUGACCAAUUGACGGGCACAUCACGGCCACUUCAGUGCAACAUUUCAAUCGUCGAUUUUCACUUUGUAAAAUAUUUUUACGAUUUGUUAUAAUUAUUUUUGGCGCCGCUGAUUUAUGUACAUAUGUAUGUAUAUAUUAUAUAUAAAUAUGUGUAUGUGAUUAUGUUUGUAUGGCUAUGAAGAGUUUGUUUAAGUAAUUUUUUGUUUUCUUGAAAAAGAAAAUUAAUGAGAACCAAAUUGGACGCAAAUUGGAAAGAUACUCGAAAAUAUUGUUCCUGUUAUAUGUUAUUCAUGUACUAUACAUGCAUACAUACAUAUGUAUUGUAUAUGUAUAAUAUAUGUUUUUUUAUUACUUUUUUAUAUACUUAUUCAAAAAUUUAGUUGCACAUAUCUUUUGUAAAGAAUUAUUUUUAUAAUAUCUGGAAUAUAUGUAUAUUGAAAGUUCAGUUUUUUUUUAAGGGUGAUUCUGGUCUAGAAGCAUGAAUUUCAGGUAAUUUUUAAAGUGUCGUAAAAAAAGGGCAAUUAAUAUUUUGACUAUCCAUUUUUUAGAAGAGUACAGAAAAAAAAUAACUAAAAAAAGUAAAAAAUUUCAAAAAUUUUGAGCUGACAAAGUGGGGGUCUCUUAAAAUUUCCACGUGACCAUACCCAUGAUUUCAACCCUCCUAGUUAUCUGAAACCAAAAAAAAAGAUCAUUAAAGUUUUUUUGGAUCACUUUUUCUGACUAUUUCGAAUUUUUUAAAAAUAAUAAAAAUAAAAAUUUGGGGAUGGGGCUAAUUCCAACCAUAGACAAGCCUAUAAAGAAGACUCUAUAAAAAUUUCAAGUAAAUCGGUCCAGUAGAACCUGAGAAAUCGUGGGUAUCGUUCCGAAAAAGUCAGUUUUGAGAAAAACGCGUUUAAAGUUUCGCGUAAAGUCUUUUGUUCGAUUAGUUCCGCCCGAACCAGUUUGGAUGCCGGGUCAGAAAAAUGCCUAUAUCUCCGAAAAUAAUUUGAAUUUUGAAAAAUCCUCUUGUACACAUUCAAGAAUAUGUGUUGUAGUUAAACUUUGAAAUUGUAAAAAUUCGAUUUUUUAAAAUUUGUAGACCAGAAUACCUCCUUGAGUUUAACCAUUCGUAAAAUUUUUACAAUUUCAUUUCUGUUUACACUAUGGCAUAUGUAUUUAUAUUGCUUAAUAUAUUUUGUUCUAACUACAGAUCAUUUGCUUUAUUACUUUUAUUUCGCAAUUAGUAAUCGGAAUUAGGUUAUAUCCACUUGUAGUCCGAAAAUAUGCGUUCUUUCGUGAAUUUGGUUGAAGACGCAUUUAAUUUAUGUAAAUGAAAAAAUGCGAAAAGUAAAAAUUCAAAAUUUACCUGAUUACCCUUUUAAUAAUUUCAAACCGAAAAAAAUAUUAAUCUGGAAUAAUGUCGCAAUGCAUGGAACUGCGAAGAAAAGAAUUACAAAAAAUUUGUACAAAAAAAAAAAAUAUUGUCAAAAAUGGCAACUGCCUCAAAAAAACAGUUUUUAUCACUAUUUUUAACCGUUUAGAUUUUUUUUAAAUAGUAAAAAUUAAAAUUUGGAUAGACACAUAGUACAGUAGAACCUGGGAAAACGGUUUGAAAAAGACCUUUUCGCGAAAAACAUGAAUUUGAGAUUUAAGUUAAAUCUGAACCGGCCAAUUUGCAAUGACACUAAAACGGCUACAACCUUGAAAAUAAUUUGAAUUUUGAAAAUUCCUUAUUGACAGAUAUUUUUGAAUAUCUAAAAUAUCAAAAUACUUAUGUCUGUAAAAAUUUUUGUUUAAAUGUAUAUAUUAUUAAAAAUAUUAUUGAAAUAGAUGAAUACAGGUAAUGGUCGAGUGACUAGUAAAAAUUUUAAUUUUUGACGAAAUGAUGCUUGUUGGGCAGAAAAAUACGCUUCAGAGUAGUUAUUAUCAAAAUUUUAUUCUUUCGAUCAUUGCCUAACCCGUACAUACAUACAUACAUAUACAUGUACAUAUGUAUAUCUAAGAAGGUUGUGUGAAAAUUCUAAGUCUAUCAGUGUAGCCGUUCCGUAGAAAUUUUCCUCACCGGAUUUGAAAAUUGCCAUUUGAAAAGGGUGUCGGAGAUGUCUUAACAAUAAGCUCAUAUCUCCGAAACUAUUAGCCGGAACAACUUCAAAUUUUCGAAAAAUAUGUUCUAAUUAUUGCUCAUUGAAAAUAUAUCAAAUCAAUUUUUUGAAACUCACAAGUGGAUAUAACAUGUUAAACGCGAGUUCUGUUUAAAGUUAACCAAAAAUGAUAACUUUCAUAACAUUUAAAAAGAUUCAGAUAUUUAAAAAUACUAAACAAAAAGAAAGAUAACUAGAAUACUAAAAACAUUUGUAAAUUUGUAUAUUUUAUCUGUGUGAACUCAUAAAUAAUAUAAUAAAUUUCUAUAUGUAUAUAUGUAUUAAUCGCAAAACGCUAACGAAGAUAAUUCAUUUUAUUUUAAUAAAAAACAAUUUGCAAGUUCACUGCUAACACAUUAGUUAAAUAAAUUAUUUUAAAUUUAAUUUCAAAAACACAGAAAAUAAGCAGCAAAGGAGAAUAGAAUACUGUGGGCAUAAUCAAAUAAAAAAAGCAUAAAAAUGAAUGUCACGUAGGUAAAAAACAACAACAGCAAAAAUAUUCGCAAAUAUUUGGAAAAGAAACAAAAGCAGAGAGAGACAGUAAUAACUUCAAUAUAAACAAUGAAUAUGUAUAGACAAGUGUAGAUACAUACACACACAUACAUAUGUAUAAAAAAAUUAGCAUCAAAAAUGUAAAGAGAAAUUAAAAUUAUGCAAACACAUAAAAAAAUCCACUAAAUCUAUGAAUAGAAUGAAUAGACGCAUAAAUGUUUGUAAUAUAAAUAUUUAAUUAUGAAUAAGGAAUAAUAAAGAGAAUUUAGCACAUUUACACAA